CAUAAAGCAGUCUUCCUCAGUUUGUUUUUCAUAUCUCUGAACCACAAAAGGAUUGACAGUUUCUUAGAGCACAUGCAUCUUUCUACAGCAGGCUUCAUCAAAUGAAACGCUGCCUUCAUUAGAGGCCUGAUCUUCAAGUCAUCUCUUUUCUCUGACUUCACACUCAUCCGCCAAUCAGAAACAUGUGUCUACAACGCCAGGAGUGAGUUGUUUUUGACACUUUUUGUUCAACUCGGUGCCAAACGGACGAUCUGCAACCACUGAGGAGAAACAACUGGUAUCACAGCUUGGCAGAGAAAUAUGAGUCUGCAGUUUUGCUGACCAGGAGCAUCAUGGGCAGCAGGCCAAGUAAAGGGAGGCGUAGCAGUGUCCCUCAAACACCCCUGCUUGAUUCGGUUGAGGCCCAGACCAUGGAUGGCAGGUACGUAGUGGUUGCUUUGUAUAACUAUCCGGCAGGAUCUCCCUCCGACUGCUCGAUCAGAUUUGGGGAGAGACUCAACGUGCUUUCUGAUGAAGGCGAGUGGUGGAGAGUGAGUUCCUCAGCUACAGGAGUCGAGAGCUACAUUCCCAGCAACUACACAUGUAAAGUGUUUAACAGGUGGCAGUUUGUAGGUCUUAGUAAACAGAAGGCAGAGGAGCUGCUUCUUCACCCUCAGAAUCAGUCUGGAUCCUUUCUCAUUAGAGAGAGCCAGACAGUACAAGGUGCUCACUCGCUCUCAGUGCGAUAUGAACGCCAGUCCAUCAAACACUACCGUAUCCAAAGGAUAGAGAACGGUUGGCACUACAUCUCUCCCCGCCUCACCUUCCAAACUCUCACACAACUCGUCGAGCACUACUCUGAAGUGUCUGAUGGCUUGUGCUGUUUGUUGAGCGAGCCGUGCUUCAUUCAAGGCAGCAACAACGUUCCGGUUGUAAGUGGCCCCCUACCUGUAUCAGUCAGAAAACCCACCCUCAACUGGAAAGAUGUCAGCAGUUCCAUGAUCUUUGGGUCUCAAAAGGAAGGUGUGGAAGAGUCGCUUGUCAGUGAGGGGCUGAAGGAGUCCAUUAAUUCCUACCUUUACAUGACUGAAAAUAGCGAGUGUGGCGAAUGUGCUGGAAACUGGGACACGUGAGCUCGCAGGACACUUGAAAGAAAGGAGAAGAGUUAAGGCCGAGGCUGACGGCCAGACUUUUACAGUUUCUUGGUUCCUGCUCGGACACGCUGUGCUUUUCCCUGACACGCACAGAUCACGGGAAAGGCUCGGACACAUGGGAGAAUAGUAAAGAGAUCGGUUCAGUAGUAGUGCAGAACAUUUGAAAAGGACAAAGGCAGCACUUUUCUGUCCAUAUCAGUCUCUCUUAACUCGUCAACCUUCUUCCAGUGUGGGUGAUGGGGAUUUCUGUGUCACAGAUUUCUGUGUGGACUUGUUCCUGAGGAUGCGAAUGGAAAAAAAAAAAAAAAAAAAAGAUACAGAAGUGACAGUGGGAGGCUCAAAGCAGCGUGUGCAGCCAUUUGUGCCGCUCAAACACUUCUGGAACUUUCUCCCGAAAGUUUUCAUGGACUAGAAAGAGGUGAGACCAUGAGGAGAGAAUCCUUUAUCUCCUGCAGAUUUAAAAAAAAAAGGUUCUAUAUUGAACUGCUCGCAUUUAUUUAACGUUUGAACAGUUAUGAGUACAGUACAUCUGUAAAUUCACUAUGUGCUUUGUACAGAUUGCUGAUUGUGUUACAUCACUGCAGUCACGUGUGAUUUAAUGCUGCUUAAAGAAAAGCUUAAGAAACGAGUCCUGUCUUUUCACUCGUCAUAAUAUUCAGCUUCAAAGGAAACAUCAUCAUCACCACCAGUCUGCUUCAGGAAAUGUGUGUGUUACAGAGAAAGACAGAAAGUGUCAGAGCAUUUGUAUGCAUGUGCAUUGUUGCGGUAAAUUGUUUCCUGUGUAAGAAAGUAUUUGCACCUCACAACCCAUGUAGAAAUCUUCAGGUUAAUUGUCAAUCGCCUCUGAGGUUUAAGAGUACUUUAUUGCAAUACUAUACACACUGAUUUCAAAUGUGAAAUACAAAAUACAUACAAUGAAUACACUUUCUUCCUUUUGCACUGUUUGUGAGUCUCAAGAACAAAUGAGCUCUCAGCUUGACUUUUUAUUGCUUGAGAGUUGAACUGUAUUUAUUUCCUACCGUAAAUGUGGAUUAAAGCAGGUGUCAUGACUUUUUAUUAGAAAA